CGUUGUAGUUAACAUUAAUUGUUGAGUACUUGUACGGUUAACAACCACAAAGAAAACAAACGAAAUAUUUCUUUUUAACAAUUUAACUGAAUUCAAAAAUCUAAUAAUAAAAAUGAAAUUCUGUGUGGCUGUAUUGUUUGUUGCCUUAAUCGGUUGUGCUUUGGCUGCUCCACCACAGGAUGCACAAGAAGUACAAGUUUUGCGUUACGAUUCGGAUGUACAACCCGAGGGAUAUAAGUUUGCUGUUGAAACCAGUGAUGGCAAAACUCAUCAAGAGGAAGGUCAAUUGAAAGACAUUGGUACUGAAAACGAAGCUUUGGUAGUUCGUGGUUCUUACUCUUACAUUGGUGAUGAUGGUCAAACUUAUACCGUCAACUAUGUUGCUGAUGAGAAUGGUUUCCAACCAGAAGGUGACCAUUUGCCUCGUCUUUAAACAUGUAAACAUUUAGUGUGCUUGCUUUAAUCAUUGUGUUAACUAGGUUUAAGUAAUCUUUCGUCUAACUGUUUAAUCCAUAAGUCUGUGAGCGAAUUCAAAUAAAGUCAAUGUAUUUUUUAUAUUUUUAUAAAAAUUAAUGUAAAUUUA